UUCAAAGGUUUAUAUUUUCUUUUUUCUUUUUUUUAACAGAAUCGUUAACUCAUAAUGAGAAAACACAAUCUGAUCGUUCUUAUAGCAAUAGUUAUAAUUCUUUGUUUAACUACUUUAUCAAAUGGCUCCGUUAUUAAAUCGAAUCUUGUAAAACGUAAACAAGAUACUCCAUAUACGGAAGGUGGAGGUUUAUAUGAUUAUAAAAACAAGAAACAUAAGAAAAAGAAACAUAAGAAUAAGAAUUACAGUCGUCACUUUAUAAACAAACGUGAUGAUGAUGUUCCAGAGCCUGAUUUAGGUGAAGUUAGCGUUGGACAAGAAGAAAAAGCAAAUUUACAAAAAAGACAAACACCUCCCGUGUCAACUGGACACGUAGAUGCCAGUAAAACAAAUCCCGGUCAAUCGGGUAAUCCGUAAAAUUUUCAUUUUUUUUUUUAUUUUUCAUUUAUUUACGUUAAAACUCGUAUGACGUAUAUUCUCGAUUUUCGUUUUAUUUUUAUUUUUCCUGGUCGUUAUUUCGAAUUUAUUCGUCGUAUUUUCAUUCGUAUUUAUUAUUAUAUUUUCGUAUAUUUUAUAAUUUCUUGC